AUGGAUAGAAGACGCCCUUCUUGCAGCAACUCACUACCUAGCAGUGAAGCUCAGAUACGAUUGUGCCCUGAAAAGUUCGAUGAAUCGUCCACCGAUGAUGGACAGAAGUUACCACCCGUUGACGGAGGGUUCCAGGCAUGGAUGUUUCUGGCAGCUUGUGUAAUGCUCGAGGCUUUGAUAUGGGGAUUUGCUUUUGCAUUCGGAGUCUUCCAAAAAUACUACCACGCCCAUGAAGCCUUCCAGGACUCUAAUAUGGUAGCUGUUAUUGGAACAUGUGCUACAGGAAUAUCCUAUUUGAGCUGUCCACUGGUCAUUGUUGCUAUGAUCCUCCUUCCUCAAUGGGGACGCUGGUUCUCAUCUGUAGGGGUGAUUAUAAUGUGUCUUUCCCUGGCAUUGGGCUCAUUUUCUUCCAAUGUCACUCAUCUCGUCCUCUCCCAAGGAGUCGGCUUCGGAAUCGGCGGCUGUAUAGCAUACAGUCCAUCCAUCCUGUAUAUGGACGAGUGGUUCGUCCACAGACGAGGUCUCGCGUUCGGCAUAACCUGGGCUGGAUCAGGUGUAUCCGGCAUAAUAUUCCCGAUUGGCCUAGAGAAGCUAUUGAAUCGCUUCGGAUUCGAAACUACUCUCAGGGUCAUAUCCGUGGUGGUGUUCGUUCUCGCUGCGCCUUUCAUCUACUUCCACAAACCCCGGCUUCCAGUCAGGAAAACAGUCGACUAUCAACGUCUGAACUUCCGCUUCCUUACAACCAGGAUAUUUUGCGUCUAUCAACUCGGCAACAUUAUAGAAGCACUGGGGUUCUUCUUGCCCGGUAUUUAUCUACCGACUUAUGCCCGCAGCAUUGGCGCUACGGAUUUUCUCUCCUCGUUGACCAUCACGCUUUUGAAUCUGGCGUCGGUUUUUGGGAGCGUCACUAUGGGACAUCUGGCAGAUCGAUAUCAUGCUAUCACCUGCAUUACCAUCUCGACUGUCGGGAGUACUCUGUCUGUGUUUUUCCUCUGGGGGUUUGCAUCAACAUUGCCCACAUUACUUGUUUUUUCUGUCGCAUACGGAUUAUUUGCAGGGUGUUACUCGGCGACGUGGUCGGGGAUAACUCACGAGGUCCGACGAGUCGAUCCGUCUGCCGACGCAACUAUCAUCUUCGCGGUUAUUGCCUUUGGGCGAGGAAUUGGAAAUGUCGUUAGCGGUCCAUUAAGUGAGGCUAUACUUGAUGUAGACCCGUGGAAGGACUCUGCUGCAGCGGGCUAUGGCAGUGGAUAUGGGGUUAUCAUCUUGUGUACGGGGAUUAGUUGCUUGUUGAGCGGAGUAUGUAUAGUCGCGCAUUAUAUGAAAUGUAUAUAG